CCCCACACCCAGCAACCUAGCUCCAUCAUCGAACCAACCCCAGCCCUAGCAAAGCUAGAACACAGACUACUACACAGUAAAGUCUUAUCAAUAAUUCCACACUGUUUCUAGCUAGCGGCGAUUACUAUCACAGGCCGCAGAGGCUGCAGGGAGCACAGAACAGAAGCAAGCACACACGCCAAAGCGAGGAAAGCAGCCAGCAAAGACCAGACACCAGGGGAGCACCGAAGCUGUAGCUCAGCAAUCAUCAUGGGGAUGGUGGAGAGCAUCAGCCCCACGGCGGCGGAGGCCUCCUCCGCUUCCGCCGCCUCCUCCUCGCGCUCCACCGGCGCGUCCACGGCCACCACGGAGUCCGGCGCCGCGCAGCAGCCGCUUGCCGCGGCGCCGGGAGGCGCGGCCGCCGGGGAGGUCUCAGUCUCGCCGGCGGACGAGCAGGCCGUCACGUCGCAGCCGUCGGCGGCGGCGGCGGUGGCGCAGGGGUCAUCGCGGUACAAGGGCGUGGUGCCGCAGCCCAACGGGCGCUGGGGAGCGCAGAUCUACGAGCGCCACGCCCGGGUGUGGCUCGGCACGUUCCCCGACGAGGAGGCCGCCGCGCGCGCCUACGACGUCGCCGCGCUCCGCUACCGCGGCCGCGAGGCCGCCACCAACUUCCCGGGGGCCGGGGCGUCGGCGCCCGAGCUCGCCUUCCUGCUUGCGCACUCCAAGGCGGAGAUCGUCGACAUGCUCCGGAAGCACACCUACGCCGACGAGCUCCGCCAGGGCCUGCGCCGCGGCCGCGGCAUGGGCGCCCGCGCGCAGCCCACGCCGGCCUGGGCGCGCGCGCUGCUCUUCGAGAAGGCCGUCACGCCUAGCGACGUCGGCAAGCUCAACCGCCUCGUCGUGCCCAAGCAGCACGCCGAGAAGCACUUCCCGCUGAAGCGCUCGCCGGAGGCCGCCACCGGCAAGGGCGUGCUCCUCAACUUCGAGGACGGCGACGGCAAGGUGUGGCGGUUCCGGUACUCGUACUGGAACAGCAGCCAGAGCUACGUGCUCACCAAGGGCUGGAGCCGCUUCGUCCGGGAGAAGGGCCUCCGAGCCGGGGACACCAUCGUCUUCUCCCACUCCACAUACGGCCCGGAGAAGCAGCUCUUCAUCGACUGCAAGAAGACCAAGGCGGCCGCCACCGACGCGGCCGGACCAGCGGAGAAGCCAAAGGAAGCCGCCCGUGUAGUCAGGCUGUUCGGCGUGGACAUCGCCGGAGACGGGUGCCAGAAGAGAGCACGGCCGGUGGAGAUGGCGUUCGAGCAAGGCCAGGAGUUCUUGAAGAAGCAAUGCGUGGUUCAUCACCGCUCUCCUGCUCUAGGUGCCUUCUUGUUGUAGCAGCGAUCAUAUGCAUCGUUUUCUAGUUCUUCCCCUUUGUUCUUCCUCCUCCUAGUAGCCUGUUUGAUAUCGAAUCCGAAUCUAGUGUGUGUUCUUCGUCUUUUGCAAAUAACUACUUGCUAUGUCAGACUGCGGCAAGACGAGUUGUAUGUACACCAUUAGGAAGUCUUGUCUUUGAGAGGGUAGUACAUAGUAGUGAUCAUCCUACAAGAUCAUGCAAGUUCGUGCCAUCAUCUAGUACAGUAAAAUAAGUUGAUUAUUCGAUAUGCUAGAUGUAGAAGGUGUAAUUUCUUCCAGUUUUAAUUUGCUCAUAGAUACACUCUUGGCAACAUAUCUAGCAUGGUUAGCUUCGUCGCUGUAGCAGUUCGUCAUGAAUAAUAAUAAUCAGUUGAUGUUGUUGUACA